UCUACCGAGGGGAGAUGAAUGAAGCAGUGUUCUCUGCUUCACUGUUAUGAAAAUUUCGAGAAAGUCCUGCCCACAGUGAUUAUUUGCAUAAACUUACUUGCACUUCUUUCACUUUUAAUAACUUUUAGGUAUAACAAUACUUAUGUCGUUGUCGCUUGAGUUAUUUUGAAUAAUUUUUGGAUCGGCAACUUGUGAGACUAUGACCGCAACUCGGUAAAUUAGAAAUGCGCCAAUUUCAAGAUUUCAUCCUAUAAUUACCGCUUACGGUUAUUUAAUACUGCAUUGUAUGUGCGUAAUUAUGCAGGAAUCAUAUGAGGAACACGUGAAAAAACGUAGGGCAGAAAACAGAGAAUUAUUGAAAUCACUGGGAAUACUUAAUGUGUAAAACUUGUUGCAUCUGUAUCUGAAAUGAGAGUCCCAUCAGUAGGCAAGCAGAUAAGACCAUUGAACAUCAGCAGUUCAACUUGCAUUUCAAAUGGCGGUGGAUAGGUUGACUACUCAUGUGUGUUUCUCUUUAUGUAUUAUAAUUUUUGAAUGGUGCUCUUGAGAAGGUUUUCCAUAAAAGAAUCCCUCCCUAGAGAAAAUUCACAUUUCCACAAAUCUGAAUCUACUCCUGAUACUGUCAAGCACAAAACUCCCAAGAAGCCACGAAAUAAAUCAUUAAUCCUUUCUAGUGAAGCACUUAGAAGAUCAAAUCGCUUACUUGGGAAGGUACCACCUCGUGUGGAGGAACUGCCAGAGGAAGAAACACAGAAUAGCAUCAGAACUCCAAUAUAUACUAUUCAAAAGCCAAAAAGAGAAAAUGUAUUUGGUGCUGUGCCAGAUAUUCCUGUUGGAACAAUAUUUAGUACAAGGUUGGAGGCAUCACAUGCUGGAGUACAUAGGCCUACUGUUGCUGGAAUUCAUGGGAAUCCUUCCCUAGGCUGUUACUCUCUUGCUUUAUCUGGAGGUUAUGAAGAUGAUAAAGAUCUUGGUGAAAGUUUUAUUUAUACUGGAGAAGGUGGAAGAGAUUUAAAGGGAACGAAAGCAAACCCGAAGAAUUUAAGGACUGCUCCACAGUCUAAAGAUCAAGUACUAGAAAGAGGAAAUUUAGCAUUAGUACGAAAUAUAGAAAAGAAGCUUCCUGUUCGAGUUCUUCGAGGUUAUAAACUCAAAAGUGAAUUUGCUCCAGAAGAAGGCUACAGAUAUGAUGGUUUAUAUAGAGUUAUAGGGUAUUACUCUACCACAGGAUUAUCUGGAUUUAAUGUUUACAAAUUUCGCAUGGAACGAAUAGAAGAUCAAGAACCUCCACCAUGGACUAUGUCUGAAAAGAAGGAAAAUUCUGAGGUUGUUGUUGAUUGCUCAUCAAACAAAGAAAAUAUUUCAAAUGAUGAAAAUUAAUACUUUGUGGAUAGCUGUAAGUACACGUAAUAUUAGUCUAGAUCACUGAGCAUGUUUCAUUUCAAAAUUUUGACAGUGUUAUGCUUCAAAAAAUUUUGCAGGACUUUAAAACUGUGUUCAAUAUGAAUUUCUAAUGUAUUGUUCAUCAAUUGACUAGAAUUCUUGAAUAUGUCUGAAUUAAAAAUUUUGACAAUGUUAUGAUUUUAAAAUUAUAUGCAAUAUGAAUUUAUAAUGUGUUGUUCAUCAACUGAUUACUCAAGUGCCUUAUAUAACAAAUUAUUGUAGUUAUAUUUUGACAGAAGAAUUUUAAAAUUAUAGAUAUUUUAGAACUAUUUUAAAUGUAUGCUUAUGCUGAUUUAAGUACAAAUAAAGCUUAA